AUGUCUUCACCGGAGAAAGAGCCGCUCACUAAUGGCUCAGGCACAUCAGUACUGGCCAGAAACUCUCAAUCGACGACCUCACAGCCCUUCAAACAAUUUCAUGCUCCAACUUCCGGAAAACUUGAUUUCCCCUGGCAGAAAAUUGGAUCGUUUAUCGAUCCUCUGAACCCUCCCAGUAUUGAUGAGUUGAAAGCCAUAAACAUGGACACUAGUGACAACCUCAUUCAGAACUAUCUGAAGGAUAAGUAUUACUCAGACUUUUAUUACAAUUGUUCCUUGAUGGUGGGUACUUGUUUGUUUGCGUGGCUUAUAGCAAGACUAGGCGGUGGGUUAUUCUCGCUUAGUUUUGUCUUGAUCUGCGCCUCGGCUUCGUACAGGAACGAGUUUAGACGUUUCAAUAGAAAUCUGAGAGAUGAUAUGUUGAGACUCAGUGCUGCAAAGCAAUUGGAGAACAAGGUUGAAACCAUGGAAUGGUUGAAUAGCUUCCUUGCAAAAUUCUGGGUUAUCUAUAUGCCUGCCCUUAGUGAAAUGGUGAUCACCCAAGCAAACACUGUGCUUAAAGAUGUGGCACCACCUCCGCCAAUCGAUAAACUGACUUUGGAUGAGUUUACUCUCGGUACGAAAGCACCCAAAGUUGAUAGCAUCAAGUCUUUCACUAAACUUGGAAAAGAUGUUUGGCAAAUGGACUGGGAUUUUGGUUUCACUCCCAAUGAUACGGAUGAUAUGACUAAGAAUGAACUCAGAAAAAAGAUUGAUCCAAAGGUCGCCCUUGGAGUCAGAGUCGGUAAAGGUUUUGUGGGAGCUUCCCUUCCAAUCUUAGUUGAGGAUAUGUCGUUCAAGGGAAGAAUGAGGAUUACCAUGAAGCUCAGCAACAACAUGCCUCAUAUAAAGAUUGUUUCUGUUUCGUUCCUUGAGCCCCCUUCAAUCGAUUAUGCUCUAAAGCCCGUUGGUGGUAACACAUUCGGUAUUGACAUCAUGUCUAUGAUUCCUGGGUUGUCUUCUUUCGUUAACAGUCUGAUUCAUGCAAAUCUGGGACCAAUGUUGUAUGCUCCGAAUUCUCUUGACAUUGAUGUUGAAGAAAUCUUCGAAGGGAUGUUGCCUGAGGCUAGAGGUGUGCUUGCAGUCAACAUCAGAGGUGCGGAAUACUUUAAAGACUCCAAUAUCAGUCCAUAUGUCGAAUUUGCGACCGAUCAAAGCGCUGUUGAUCCUUACGUGACCGAUAUCAAAGCAAAAACCAAUGCUCCAAUUUUCAAUGAAUUGAAAUACCUUCUGGUCAACGAUUUGAGUCAAAAGCUCAAUUUCAAGCUCUUGACAUUUGACGAAGACGAGGUGCAGGAACUUGGAACAUCAUCAUUUGAAUUGCUUGACCUUAUGCAGAAGGAGGUUCGAGAGAAGAUUGAAAGCAAGUUGACUAAACAAAAUAAGCGGGUUGGAAAGAUUGUUUACGACUUGAAGUGGUUCCCAGUUCUGGAGGGUAAGACUUUGGAUGACGGAACCAAAGAAGCUCCACCAGAAUCUGAGGUUGGUAUUUUCAAGUUUGUUCUGCAGUCCGCGAGAGACCUUGAUACAUCCAACUCAAUGCUUGGCAAGUUAUCCACAUUUACCGAAAUCUACUUUGGUGACGAACUUGUCUCCACAUCCAGAGUUGUCAAGAGUUCUAACGAGCCGGAUUUCAAGGUCUUAUUUGAAAAACUUGUCCACUCUAAGUCCACUACCCCAGUCAAAAUCCUAGUCAAGGACACUUCAUCAUACGGAACACCUGUCAUCGGACAAUACACUUCUUCUUCUUUGAACGAUCUUAUCUUCUGUACUCUUGAAGGGAAGGAUACCAUUCCUCUCACUUCUGGGAAGGGAUAUUUGCGGUUCAAGGCUGUUUGGAAACCACUGGCUGCCUUGGGUAUGGGUGAGGAAAUUACUUUCGUUCCUCCAUUAGGAACCAUCAGACUCAACAUCAAAAAGUGUGAAAAUCUUAAGAACUUGGAGACCAUUGGUAGCAUUGAUCCUUACGUUAGGGUCCUCAGUGGUGGAAGAGUUGCUGCACAAACUCCAGUUGUCAAGGAUGAACUCAACCCCGUGUUUGACGAGGUUGUGUACAUCCCUUUGAUUUCUGAAAACCAGAAAAUUACACUGGACUGUAUGGAUGUUGAAAAGUCGACUGAUGACAGAUUGGUUGGUUCUGCCUCAAUCUCACUGCACAAAUACAUCAAAAGGAACGAGAAUGGAAAUUAUCUUGCUUACGAAGGCUCCUCGAAACUGAUUACAAAGCCACUAAUGUACAAAGAGAAAGAGCAAAGGGGUACGGUCUAUUACUCGAUUUCCUUCUAUCCAACAAUCCCAGUGUACUCGCAAAAAGAACUGAAGGAGAGAAAGAAAGCGAAGGAAGUGGACAGAGAAGCUGAAUUGGAAGAAUUGAACGAGCAGGCAAAAAUGAUGGAAGACUACAAAAAGCAUCCUAAUCAGUACGAGUGGUAUUCGGAUAACGAAGAUGAAGAAGUUGGUGUUCAUAAGAAAGAGCUGUCUUUUGAACAGCUCGUGUCUCACAACUCUGGUGUACUAGGUAUCAACAUUACAUCUGGAAAGCUUUUCAGGCCUGACUGUUAUGUUCAGUUCCUGCUGGACGACCGUGCCUUUCCUGAUUAUAUCACCAAGAAAUCCCAAGGACAUCAUAUAGGAGCCGAUGCAGGAAGUGCUUUCAUUAGAGAUCUGCCUAAUGCUACCAUCUUGCUUCGUAUAACCACGAAGGAGAAUGUCAGAAAGAAGAAUGAGGUUAUUGCUCAAAAGGAAUUUAGAGUUAGUGACUUGCUCAACAGGGGCUUCAAAGAGCCUACCGCUCUUGACAUUGAUGGUAAUUCCAUUGAAGCCCAGUUUGAGUAUAUACCUACUGCAAUACCGCCAGGAGUUUCUGAGUCUAUGGAUGAUACUGGACUUUUGAGUUUGAACAUUGUCCGUGCUGUCGGAUUGAUGGCAGCAGACAGAAACGGGAAAUCUGAUCCGUUUGUCACCAUAACCGUGAAUGGUGUUCAAGUUUACAAAACUGAAAAGGUUAAGAAGACUUUGAACCCUGUUUUCAACGAGCAAGUCACCAUUCCUGUCAAGUCUAGAAGUAGGACUGAAGUGAAAGCCGUUGUUUAUGAUUGGGACGUUGCUGGAGAUAAUGAUUUGCUUGGUUCGGCUCCUAUUGACCUUACUAAACUCAGGCCAAAAGAAAAGGUCCCAUUUGAAGUACGUCUUGACACCCAAGGAUCCGUUUUCUUUGAGGGAUACUUUGAGCCGAAGUAUAUGAGACCUGAGCUUUCGGAGUCUGGUGAGCUUGCUGGCCUUGCAGGUGUUCCAUUGAAACUUGUUGGAAGUGCGGCUGGUUUUGUUGGUAGUGCAGGAGCAGGCGCUGUUGGUGCUGGUGUGGGCGCCAUGGGUGCAGGUGUUGGAGUUGUUGGGGCCGGAGUUGCAGGUGUUGGCUCCGUGGGAGGAGGGCUAAUAAGAAAGUUUGGAGGGAAAAAGAAAUCCUCAAUGGAUUUGAACGGAAACGGCGAUGGACAACAUUCCCCAAACCAGAUCAAUGAUACACAGUCUGUGCAAUCCAUAAAGACAGGAUCUCAAGCUUCUUCUCCAUUCAAGUCCAGUCAUCAAAGACAAAACUCGGACAUGACUUCAUUUACUUCAACGACAUUGGGAGGCAACACACUUCCCGGCAGAGUUACUAUUGUGGGGCUGAGUGGUGCCAGUGACAGAGAUCAAUUGCAGGUCAAAGUGUCGCUGGUGUCUUCAUCAAAAACCCGGGAGCUUUACAAGACCAAGUCUCAAAAAGCGGACUCUACUGGACUUAUUUCUUGGAGAGAGUCAGUACCAUUCAAAGCUGCGCCAGAUGCAAAACUUUUAUUUCAGGUCAGGACUCAUCACACCUUUGGAAAAUCAACAGAGUACGGAGAAGCCCAGUUGGGACUUGAAGAGGUUGUGGGCAAUCCAAGCGACUUCAACCUCCCUGUGGCAAAUGGUGAGCUGGUGGUCAAUUUCAGCUAUGGUUCCAGCAACUAA